AUGCCUGCGCGCGCCUCCCGCAGAGCACCCGCUGCGGCCCCAGAACCAUUAUCCAGCACAAAUUCACCACUGAACGGUAGCAAGAAAAGAGAUAUUGAUGACAUACAGGGCGAGUCUUCCCCUCUAAGGAGGUCAAAACGAGUGAAGACGGGUGUAGGCCUGAAUCUUCCUGCAGACGAGGACGAAUCCACCAAAAGCCCUGUUGAAGACAGCAGAGCGCCUACUGACAGCCCGUCGAGAUCAAAGCGAAGGAGCGCGAGAUUUACGGAGACGCAUGUGAAGGCGGAAGAAGAGGAUCUCUCCAGGAGUGUGAAGUCGAAGCGUACAGAACGAUCAGCACUGAAAAAGUCCUCUUCCACAGAUAACAACGCCGAGGGUGUUGUCGUGGCUAAUGAAGCAGAGGAGGAGGAGAAAGAGGAAAUAAUCACAAAGAAAACGAUCUCUAGAAAGACAAAGACCACAGAAGAGAAGGAGACUGACGUGAUGGCGCUGGCCCCACGAACCCAAGGUCUGCGGAUGUUUGUGGGAGCUCACGUCAGUGCUGCCAAAGGUUCGUUAUCUUUGAAGUCCUAUCGCUGUCGAUUCCAUCAGCCGCUGCAGGCUUUAGGGAAUGCUUUUGCGCUGUUUUUGAAGUCGCAGAGGAAAUGGGACAACCCGCCACUGCAGGAUGACCAUCGAGACCAGUUUCGGAAGUUAUGUGCCGACCAUCAAUAUGACGCUUCAAAACACGUUUUACCUCACGGUUCAUAUCUGGUUAACCUCGCGCAGGAGGAUAAAGCCAAGGCUAAGCAGGCAUAUGAUUCCUUCCUAGAUGACCUCCGCCGUCCUGGUUCAGCAAAUCAGACCUCACUGUCUUCAGCCAUCUCUCGUCUCGCCAAAGCUCUGACCAAGGCGCUCUCCGAGACUUCCACCGUGACGCCUGUGUUGGAGACAAUGUGUGGCCAUGGCACCACAAUCGGGGGAUCUUUGUCUGAUUUCGCUUCCUUGCUGUCUCAAAUUCCACCCGAAUAUCAUUCUCGCAUCGGAAUUUGCAUCGACACCUGCCACAGCUUUGCUGCGGGCUACGAUCUGGUAUCUCCGGCCGGGUUCAAAGCCUUCAUGGACGAAUUUGAGAAAGUCAUUGGCCUCAAGUACUUACGGGCCCUACAUCUGAAUGACUCGAAAGCACCCCGAGGAAGCAACCGCGAUUUGCACGCCAACAUUGGAACCGGGUUUCUCGGUCUCCGGGCGUUCCAUAAUGUUAUGAAUGAGAAACGCUUUGAAGGCCUGCCCAUGAUACUAGAAACACCAAUCGAUCGACCAGAUCCGUCAUGGGUAGCUGCUAACGGCGGCAAUGCAGAGGGCAGUGACGCCGAAGCGGAAGAGUCAGAUGAAGGAAGCACCAAGAAGAAGAAGAACCAGAAAAAACCAAAGCAAAAAGCCUCUAAACCAAAGAAGGUGCCCAUGAUCGAGGACAAAUCCGUCUGGGCGCGCGAGAUCAAGCUCCUCGAGUCAUUGAUCGGGAUGGACCCGGAGAGUGCAGAAUUCCGGACCCUGGAGGCCCAGCUGGCGGAAGAGGGCAGAGCCGAAAGAGAGAAAUACCAGGAACAAUACGAGCGGAAACUCGAAGCCGAGGAGAAGAAGAGGAAGAAAGAAGCGGAGAAAUCGAGGGAGAAAGGCCAAAGAAGCCUAGUCGAUAUGAUGAAGGGACAGGGAGGAGGGAAGAAGAAGAAGAGGGGUGAUGAUGAUGCCAGUUCAGGCGGGGAAACAACAGAUUGA